AUGGCGACAGGAUAUGGCUCCGUGCCACCGUUGAACGAUGCGCAUGCAGGACGAGGAUAUGGCGGCACACAACAAGCCGACUUCGCCCAGGGCAACCCAACCCAGAGCUCUCCCCUCGGGCAGUCCGCCAUGCAGAACCACGGCCUACACAACGAGCACUACGACGAGAGCAACCCCGCCUCGUCGGUGGCAGGAGAUGGGAGUCUCAACAGAUCAGCCUCGCGAGCGUCGCAGAGCACCACUGCCAUCGGCGCUGGAGGCGUCUCGCGUAACAACACGCUCAAGAAGAAGAGCAGCGUGCGCCGAACGAGCAGCUUGAAGCGUAGUGGCAGCAAGCGCAGUCUCAGGGCUGGUAGCAUCAAGGCUUAUGGUGACGGCCUUGCGGACAACGAGAACUUCAACAGCCCCUUCUUCACUCCAGUACCCACCACCGGCACACCCACCGAAAUCCUGGCGAAUCGCUUCCAAGCAUGGAGACAGCUGCUCAAAUCACUCAUCACCUACUUCCGCGAGAUUCACACUUCCUACGAGACACGCGCGAAAGCACUCCACAAGGUGUCCAUCACCAUCGCGAACAUCUCCUACCCGGCAGUGUUCAUGAGCCAGCAUGGACUUGGCGAGGCGACACGCAUCCUGGACGACUACCAUCGGCGAUCCGUUUCCGAAGCGAACAAGUCACGAGAAAUCGAGAAUGACGUUAUUGGCGCAUUGAGCGGCCUGCGCAGCGAUCUCGCACAGAAGAUCAAGGAGAUCAAGAGCUUGAGCGGUGACUUUAAGAACUCGGUAUCAAAGGAGCAGGACCUCACUCGCAGAGAGGUUGAGAAGCUACAAGAGGCGCUCCAGCAUGCCGAUCAUGAGGAUGCCAUGGGCAAGAACGAUCCAUACAUUGUCCGACUUGGCGUGGACAGAGCUAUUGAGAAGCAGAUCGACGAGGAGAACUACCUCCACCGGGCAUACCUGAACCUGGAGAGCUCUGGCCGUGAGCUUGAAUCGAUCGUGGUUGGCGAGAUUCAGAAAGCUUACAACGCACUGGCCGGUAUCCUCAAACGCGAGGGCGAUGAUGCCUACAGUGCUGUCGAGGGCUUGCGCACUGGUCCGAUUGCCAUGCCCAAAGACCAGGAAUGGAACAGCUUCGUCCGCCACGAUCCUCACUUCGUCGACCCGGAAUUGCCACUUCGACGUAUAGAAGACAUCGACUACCCAGGCAAGAACGCGCCAGCUGCGGCCGAGAUACGAUCUGGUAUGCUUGAGCGCAAGAGCAAGUACUUGAAGUCGUACACACCUGGGUGGUAUGUGCUGUCACCGACACAUCUGCACGAGUUCAAAUCGGCGGACAAGAUCUACUCGCAACCACCAGUCAUGUCCCUGUACUUGCUCGAUCAGAAGUUGGGGUCGCGCUCAGAGCCAGGUUCGUCGAGCCACAAGUUCAUGCUGAAGGGCAAGCAGUCAGGUGGCAUGCACAAGGGCCACAACUGGGUCUUCCGUGCCGAGAGCUACGAUACUAUGAUGGCGUGGUUCGAGGACAUUAGAAUCUUGACCGAGAAGACUGGCGAGGAGCGUGCCGUGUUCGUUCGCAAGCAUGCUAGAAGCGUCAGCGGUACAAGUGAUCGCGGCACAGUCAGCAGCGAUGGCAUGGAUGAGGAUGAAGCUGAUCAGGUGCCAUACUCUGCCGAUGCUGCAAGCUUGGCCGAGCAGAAUCCGGUGCAGCAGAGGCCUACAAGGCCACAGUCAGGCGGCCGAUUCCCGUCUGAUCUCAUGCUUCGCAAGACAGGCACCAUGAGCUCGACUGCCGAUGGAAACGACGACAGCGAUGAUGAUGAUGAUGCCGCCGCCAUUGCUGCAGCAGGUGUCAUUGGUGGUUCUGCGGUGCACGACUAUGGUGACAAGGACCCAUACCACAUGCCAGGAGUCCGAUCGACCUCCAACUACACCGACAACACUGCUGGUACAGGUGGUGGCAGCUACAUUGAAGAUGUUCCUGCGGCCUACCAACAAGAGUAUCCUCAGCCGCCACUGCCUCAACAGACCGUCCCGGCGCAGCAACCCACCCAGCAGACUGCACCUGUUCAGACACAGACCUACGCGCUUCCGACCAACGCUCAACAGCCAGUCAACCAGCAGCAGCCUUUUCCAGUCAAUGAGCCAGCGGACUCCACCGCCGCCAAUCCUUCGCUGGCUCAACCGGUCAGGUACAAUAGUGCUUACGGCGAUUGGAUGGUGCCAGCAGCUGCAGGAGUAGCUGGAGCAGGCGCUGGCGCGUUGGGCGUGGAGACGUAUAGUCGUCAUCAGAAAGAUGCCACGGUUCCCGAGAUAUUGGAGAAGUUCCCAGAGUUUGAUGGCUCACAAGACGGCUCACAAGAUGCCGUGGCAGGAAGUGCUGCUGUCCCUUCAUACGCAUCGGACAUCAACCCUGGCCUGCUGCCGAAAGAGGAGCUCUCUGUGAGUGCUACACCACUCCCACCUGCGCCGAUCGAGCAAGCAGUGCCCAGUCCAAUAGUGCCCCUGGGAUCCAUAGCAGCGAUCGCAGGCACACCACCAGCAGACAUAUCCUCGCCCAUCAAGGACCUGGCGGACGAGAGCGCGCCGAUUACCGCCAACCUAGAGCCCGUCGGCUCAGUCGCCGAGCUCCCCCUCGGCGGCAACGAACGCAAAGGCGCCCACGAGACGGGCCAGUUCUUCCCACGCGUCAUUAGGCAUGACACGAAUUUGAGUAUCAGCAAGUUGCAUGUGCCGGGCGAGUGGUCUAAGGGACCGUCAGCUUGA